CUCCUUCCUAAAAAAUGCCGGUCUCCCCCGCUCAAGCGUUCGCCCUCGCCAACGGCGGCAACUUCGCGUCUUGCCUCACGCUCCCGCGCGAGCAGACCCUGCAGAUCUUCUGCACCGACGAAUACCGCACGGGCAAGGGCAAGGUCAACGAAGAAGCCGAAGUCGCGUGGCGUUUCAUGGGCACCACGGGCAUCGUCGCGUGCACCGCCGCCGUGCUCGCGGACAAGGCGUGCGGCGCGGAGGACAAGAAGAAGCUCAACGGCGCCCUCGCCGCGACGUCGUUCAUCAACGCCGGCUUCUUCGCCACGAACAUCACCAUGAAGAAUGACGUCAAGCCCGCGAUGCGCGCGCUGAACAUCGCCACCAACCUGGGCAUCGGCGCAUAUGCGCUCAAGGAGGCGCUCGGCAAGUGAACAGCCGGACGAAGAUACGAAGAGGAUUCACCACGUACAUCUCAUCGGCCAGAGGAGAAAAAAUAGACUACCUAAAAAUUUAAUUUUCCCUCAGAGAACCUCCACCA